AUGACGUCACACUCUCACUACCAACCCGACCUAGACAACGACUCCGUCACCUCCUCCCCUCGCUCCGACCAUUUCCACGAUGCGCCGCCGCGCGUCCGCUUCAUGUGCAGCUUUGGCGGCAAGAUCCUCCCCCGCCCCCACGAUAACCAGCUCCGCUACGUCGGCGGCGACACUCGAAUCGUCGCCGUGCACCGCUCCAUCUCCUUCUCUGCCCUCAUUCUCAAACUCUCCAAACUCUCAGGCAUGAGCAACAUUACGGCGAAGUACCAGCUCCCGAACGAGGAUCUGGACGCGUUGAUCUCGGUGACGACGGACGAAGACGUGGAGAACAUGAUGGAUGAGUACGACCGCGUCGCACAGAAUCAGAACCCGCGAUCGGCGCGGCUUCGGCUCUUCCUCUUUCCCGAAGGGGAAGACUCUCGAGCCAGCAGCAUCAGCUCGCUCUUGAACGGCUCAGCCAAACGCGAGAACUGGUUCCUCGACGCGCUAAACGGCGGCGUUUCGGGUCUCGAGCGUGGCCGCUCUGAAGCCUCCUCCAUGGUCUCGGAAGUACCCGAUUACCUCUUCGGAUUGGACAACUCUGACGAAACACACCAGCGCGACCCUCGACCCAAGGACCGACCCGUUCUCCAAGACAGCGUUUCCGUUUCGGAUCCGGGUUCUCCCGCCCCGGUUGUUUCCUCCCCGUAUUGUUCCACUUCUUCAGCGCCCUGCGUGCCUUCUCUCCCGAACCUUCCCCCAGUAAAAACUAAACUUUCAAACCCGGUUCCUGAUUCGGAUUCGAAGGAAAAUCAAGUCGAACCUGAAACGGAAGCUCAACCGAACCUUAACCAAAACCCGUACCCGGGUAACCCUGUAGUUCACUACCCCCCAGAAGCUUCUUAUCCCGCCCAUUCAGUAAACCCGGUUCCUGUUUUCUACGUUUCCGGUCCGGUUCAACCGGGAACUGUACCGGUUCCUAUGCAGCAGACUCCUUAUCCCUACGUUCAACAACCAUACCAUGCAGUGAUGCCGUCUCAGGUUCCCAUCGGAUACCAUCAUUUGGUUCCGAGUUCGGGUCAAGUAUACGGUGCAGGCGUGAGGCACAUGGCUCCAAUGCAACCUUACAAUCCUUCCGCCGCUGUGGUUCACGACGGGUUGAAACAGCAUAUGUAUCAUGCCGUUCAGAAUUCCGGUCCGGUUCCGGUUCACCCGUUGAUGCCAAUGACUGGUGCGGAUGAACCGCAGAGAGGUGGAGCGGAGUAUGUGGUGGGUCGGGGCCCCAAUUCGCUGAAUAACUGA